UCACCGGUGCGCAGUGGAGAGCUGACGAGCGAGCGCGCAGGAAGGAGAGGGAGCUGACCAAACAGAGAGGAGGGGAGAAGGAGGUGUUGGACCGGCUCCACUGGGACUCUGCAAUACAGCCUGCCGCUAAAUGCUAUCGCCAGGCUCACAAAACGGGACUCCUUUGUGGUAAAAUGCUCAAUAAGUCAGCGAGCGGCGCCUCAUAGCUGUCACUGAGGACCAGGAGGAAAAAAGCCUGAGAGACACAGUCGGGAAGCGAGGAUUCAUGGGGAGUCUGAAGAAAACGCCCGGAUUAUCUGAUUUCAGCCUUUAAACGGAACUCCGAGUUCACUCUUUCGACGUGAUUUUGUUUUUGUUUGUUUUUUUAGCUGAGACUUUCCGAGCUCCGGUCAUGGCAGACCAAGAGGAGACUUUUGUCCUCCAAAACUCCCCAGGAGGUUCUGAUACGAGGGAAAUACAGAGCGAUAAUAAACCAGAGAAACAGAACGGGACUUCCAGCAAAUCUCCAUCCUCGCAGACAACUUACAUUCAGCAGGGAAUGGAGGGAAUAAAAGUGUACUUGCACGAGAGGGAGCUGUGGAUGAAGUUUCAUGAAGUGGGCACGGAAAUGAUCAUUACCAAAGCAGGACGGAGAAUGUUCCCCAGCUUCAAAGUCAAGGUGACUGGCCUGAAUCCUAAAACGAAAUAUAUUCUACUUAUGGAUGUUGUUCCUGCCGACGAUCAUCGAUACAAAUUCGCUGAUAAUAAAUGGUCUGUGACCGGGAAGGCUGAGCCCGCCAUGCCCGGGAGGCUCUACGUUCACCCGGAUUCUCCCGCCACGGGGGCGCAUUGGAUGAGACAGCUCGUUUCCUUCCAGAAGCUGAAACUGACCAACAACCAUCUGGACCCGUUCGGACACAUCAUCUUGAACUCGAUGCACAAAUACCAGCCGAGGAUUCACAUCGUGAAGGCGGACGAGAAUAACGGCUUUGGUUCCAAAAACACGGCCUUCUGCACUCACGUCUUCCCAGAGACGGCCUUCAUCGCGGUCACGUCCUACCAGAACCACAAGAUCACCCAGCUGAAGAUUGAGAACAACCCCUUCGCUAAAGGCUUCCGAGGAAGUGAUGAUAUGGAAUUGCACCGGAUGUCCCGAAUGCAAAGCACCAAGGAGUACCCGGUGGUACCUCGCAGCACUGUGAGACAGAGGGUCGGCUCCAGCCAGAGUCCGUUCAGUGGAGACAUCCAGGGCAUGGCCACGCCCAGCACCCUGAGCUCCCAGUACUCCCACUGUGAGAACGGGGUCACCAGCACCUCACAGGACAUGCUGCCUCAGUCGGGCUCCUACCCUCUGCCACAUGAACACAGUCAAGAGUACCACUGCAUCAAAAGAAAAGUGGAGGAUGACUGUCACUCAGGUGAGCACAGCUAUAAGAAAGCCUAUUUGGAGAGUUCUUCCAGCGAGGAUGACCAUUACUACAGGCCUGUUGGCUACACCCAAAGCCUCAGUCUUGCCAGCGGGCCCUACCGCAGUGAAUCCAGCCAGCGUCAGGCCUGUAUGUAUGCCAGCGCCUCACAAGGCUCUGAACCCGUUCCCAGUUUGGAGGACAUCAGCUGCAACACUUGGGCCAGCGUGUCUCCUUACGGCAGUUGUUCCGUCACAACCAUGCAGCCGAUGGAGAGGCUGCCAUACCAGCACUUCUCCGCUCAUUUCACCUCAGGGUCUCUGGUUUCCAGACUAGGAGGGGUGGGAGGCCACACCUCCCCGCAGCUCGCCGAUGGGCACCAUGCAGCUAUGUACCAGGGCUCCAUGACCCACCAGACUCUCGGCCGCCAGUGUAGUCCUGUGACUGGGAUCCAGUCGCCGACAGCUGGCCUGCAAGGAAACGAGUACCUUUACACACACGGCAUAUCACGCACACUAUCACCACAUCAGUACCACUCUGUACACAGUGUCAGCAUCAUGCCAGAGUGGAGUGAGAACAGUUAAAUAUGUUUUUUUUUAUGUCACCUCUGGAAAAUGUAAAUAAGGAAAACACAAAAAGGACCAAAAUAAGAUGGGUAUAGGUGCAUUUAUAUUCAUAUUUAUGGUUUUAAGGACACUUUGCCAAUAACCUUAAUACAACAAGUGUUCAUUUAUAACAAUGGUUAUUCAUAGAUUGACUUGAAGAGGAGGCACCUCAUCCAUUAAAGAGCAUCUCCACCAAACAGAGAGCAACAUGAAGUUGAAUGAAGAGGAUCAGAAAGAGACUGAUUCAGAUGCUUGGCUGGGAUUCUCCGUGUUGUUGUGUUUUCUUCCAUGUCUGGGCGGAGAGAUGUCGUGAGCAGUGAACACAUUUUUAGCUUUUUCAUUAAGUUCAAAACCUUUGCUUCAUAUUCAAGUCUGGAAUUUGUGGAAAGGAGUGCGUUUGUCUUCUGUCACAUAACAAGUCCUAGGUCUCAUUUUCUCUUUAUGUUUUGCCGUUUAUUUGCCUUAUGAAAAAGUAGUAGAAGUUAAGAAAGAAAGGCUAAAAGAAGAAGCAGACGUGCUUUUUUU